UGUACAGAGAGGAGGCACCUUGACAAGGGGACUACAGAAUCCCAGCCAAGGAGAAAGGCGAGAAAGUGGUCAUCAGACCCCGAACCUUGCAGGGCAGCAAUGAACAUGGCUCUCCCCGACAUGCAGAAAGUGCCAGGCCCAGACCAGGACCAAGACCCAGCCUCAAAACCUCCCCACAGCCAGUUCCGGAUGAGUAUGAACAGGAAUCUAUGCAAGUGUGAGGACCAAUUCCUCUGUCCCAUUUGCUUGGAGGUGUUCCGCGACCCAAUCACUACCACCUGCGGUCACAACUUCUGCAUGACCUGCCUCCAAAAUUUCUGGGACCACCAGGCUGCCGUGGGGGAGAUGUAUCAUUGCCCCCAGUGUAGGGAGAGCUUCCCCUCCAGGCCUGAGCUCCGCAAAAAUGUCAUCCUGGAGAACUUGGUGACCUGCAUUACCCAGGCCAAAGGCCAGGUAUCGAGGCCCUCACGGAACCUGGCCGGGCCCAAGGAUGUGCCAUGCGACUUCUGUUUUCCCCAGAAGCUCCGGUCCGUCAAGUCAUGCCUGCAGUGCGUGGCCUCUCUGUGUGAGAAGCACCUGCGGAGCCACUACGACGACCAGGUGUUCCAGGACCACCAGCUGCUAGAGCCCGUGUGGGAUCUCAAGACCCGCUUGUGCCGCAAGCACCACAAGCUGCGGAGGCUGUACUGCCACACGGAGGGCCGCAGCGUGUGCAGAGCCUGCCUGCUGGAGGAGCACAAGAACCACAGGACGACCCCCCUGGAGGAAGAGCGCGCCCGCAUGGAGGUGGAGGUUCGCAAGGUCCAGGCCAAUGUGGAGAACCAGAUGCUGAUCAUUGCCUCAGACAGUCAGAAGCACCAGGGCCGGGUGGCCUUUCUCUCGAAGCUGACCCAGACAACACGAGAUGAAGUGAACACCUGCUUCUCCGAUAUUGUCCACGAAAUCAAACAGCUGCAGAUGAAAGUACUGGAUUUCGUGGAGAAAGAGAAGAUGGACGCCCUGGGGAAACUGGGCAGCUCCAUCCAGCAGAGCCACAACCGGCUGCUGAAGCUGGAGGGGAACAGUGUUUGGCUUCACACUCUGCUCACCAACAGGAGUGAUGAGCAAUUCCUGCAGGAGUUCCCCAUGUUGCGGACCUUGCCAGCCUGCAAAGAACCUCUGAUGGGCAUCGACUGUGAGGAGACACAGAGCUUUCUCCAGCUGUCAGAGAUCCUGGCCGAACUCCGGGCCCGGCUGGUGGACGUGGGUCUCAACUUUGUCAACCAGCUCUUCACAAAAGGUAUUAGGAUGAACUCCUACGAGGUGCUGCCCCCAGCUGUGGACAGGAAAACACUCCUCCAGUGUUACUGCAACCUGAACUUUGAUUCCUCCACGGCCAGCGAGGAGCUCAUCCUGUUCAAGGAGACACACUCGGUGCUGAACCUAGGCAUCCUCCUGGAGCCCCAGGCCACCGUCGGCCCCAUGCUGGGCUUCAAGCAGUGGCCGCAGGUGCUGUGCUCCCGAGCGCUGUCCGAGGGCCGCCACUACUGGGAGGCCGAGGUGUCCAACUCGUGGGUGUGCCUGGGCGUCACCUACCACCGCAGCAGCCCCCGGCUGGGCGGCCGGCCGCGCCGUCACGUGAGCUACCUGCUGGGCCGCAACGCCCACUCGUGGUGCCUGGAGUGGGACUCGCUGCGCCUGUCCGCGUGGCACGACAACUCGCAGACCGUCCUGCGCGGCGCCUACCACCGCGUGCUCGGCGUGGCGCUCGACCUGGGCGCGGGCUGCCUCUCCUUCUACAGCGUGGCGGGCGGCGUGAGCCUCCUCUACCGCUUCCUCGCCACCUUCCUGGAGCCGCUCUACCCCGCCGUCAUGGUGGGCAGCGGCGCCUGGCUCACUCUCAGGCAGCGCCCCGAGGCUUAGGCGGCAGCCAAUAAAGCUGCACUCGGAGCGCUGGCUGCGGCGCGGCGCGCUGCGCCGGGAGGGUCCUC